UUAGUGCUGCCAGAUGUAUUGCAGCUCCAGCCUCCUGCCGCUUCCCACUUCACAUCUGUUCGACAAAUCAAAACAUUAGAGGGGCAGACCUUAGGCCCCAAAUAAAAAUGCCGCUUGUUGUUGUUGUGACAUCAAAGAGUCAACGUAAUGGUGUACGUGUACUUGCAACCCCCAAAAAAUACCCCACACCCUGCUACAAUGCAGUUGUUGUCUUUGCAGGCACGCCAAAACACCAAAUUCUAACUAUAGAUUGACCAACAAAUUAUUGAUCGUGCAAUGUGUGCACCGUUUGGCGAAACAACAACAACAACCAAUUACUGAAGAGCAACGCUGCCGUCCAUAGCUAAUUCAAGUCCAGGUAACCAUCAGCAGAGGUGCAGAGAAGCAGCAAGCAGGUGCAAUCGAUGCCCCACUGCCACACAAUGGUCUACUUACGCAUUGUGCUCACUACACUGGUGACCAUAACCUGCCUGCUUGGGGACAAUUUUGUAGAACUCACCCAGCAUCCCCUGCUUAAGGCAUUGGCAGAUAAUGCAACGCAUGCCGCAAUUGGAGCCCUAACGGGCAUUGCAUUUGCCAUGCAAUUUUAUGAGCGUACGACUCAACUAUAUGGAUGGAUAUUGAUUUUCACGUGUUUUGUCGUUUCCUCGUUUAUUGACUUGGAUCACUUCAUAGAGGCGCGUUCACUGUACUUGGAGGAUGCCACCAAUCUGAUGCGUCGUCCUUUUUUGCACUGUUCCAGCAUUAUUUUGGCCAUGUUGUUAUUUUAUAUAUGCACCGCGUGCCUGAAUUACUUUCGCAGCAGCCUAUUGUUGGGUGCUCUGCUCUGUGCCUUCAUCACGCAUCAUACAAGGGACGCAGUGCGACGGGGAUAUUGGUUUUGGCCCUUCUAUGAUCACACGGAACACAUUCCACAACUAGCCUACAUUGUGGGCACUAUCCUAACGCCCUAUCUGCUGGGCUAUCUGCAUAAUAUCUGUCGCAGCGCGUGGGUGUUAAAUUUCUUGGGUCAAUAUAUAAAACUAAGCGAGACCAAUUAUCGCGCCGGCUCAGUCGGUAGCUAUCGCUAUUUGCAAGUAUAAGAUUGUGAUACUCUGAACAAUUAUUGAAAACAACUACCACUAAACGUACAUACAUAUUGAUGCGACUUCUGUCACAGCAUAACUUGCUCGGUUUAUCCAAUUUCAAUGGAUUAAUUUCGUAUAUGCUGUUCCCCUUUAUUUUCUCGUAAGCUCAGUGAGCAUGGGUCAUAAACCUAAUGCGAUCGAGCGAGAUAGCCAUUCGCUCUCUCAACAGCUCUCACUCAAUUUUUGCACUCUCUCUAUGGCGCGCUCAAAUGUUUGCAUGUGUGUAUCUAUGUAAGCACACAUAGCAAGCACCCUUUCCCUUUUGAGUGCGGGGCUUUGCAAAAUAGCAGAAAGUGUUUGAGAGAGUCACACAAAAAUUUAAUUUAUGCAUGAUUUUCGCUGGAAAGGGUAUCAAACAGUUGACUCAUCUUGAAAAUUGAUUUUCUGUGCGCACACGCACAAAGGAUCAUACAUGUAUUAGUAUUUUUGCGAAUAUUUGAUACAUGCUGAAAUUAAAGGCUGUUUGUUCCAGAUGUCGCAUCUCUGAUUAAAAUUAAACUACUUCGAAAUGCUUUUUAGGCUUCAAGCUUAAUAUAUAGAUUAGCCUUAAGUAAAUUUAUGAUCAAGCGAAAGACCCAAAUACUUCCACAUUACAGGACACAAUUUUUACUACACUUCCGUAUAAGAGU